AAAAAGUUCAAUUCCAUUUCUGAACCCUCACUCCCAGACAUCUUCAGCCGUUCUUCCCUGCCGAAUUAAAAACCCUAUUCAUUUUGAAACCCUAGUUCUUCAUCUACUCUCCGAUUGCAUAAUCUAGGGUUCUAUUGCCCUAGAAAAGAUAUCCGCUUUAUAUAAAGUAGUAUAUGUAUACAUUUGUUUCUGUCAUUGUUGUCUUGGUUAAAUAGAAUUUGGAGAUGGUAUCGGGUUCAAGAACCGAGGUCGGUCCUCAAAUUCUAUCGGCGGGUGUGCGGAAGACCAUACAGUCAAUUAAAGAAAUUGUGGGCAAUCACUCUGAUGCAGAAAUAUAUGUUGCACUCAGAGAAACGAACAUGGAUCCUAAUGAAACCACUCAAAAAUUGCUCAGUCAAGAUCCGUUUCAUGAGGUGAAGAGAAAAAGAGACAAAAAAAAAGAGGUUUCAGGAUAUAAGAGUCCUGUUGCGGCAGAGCCCAGCAUAAAUUCUGAGGUUGUAAGCUUACCAGUGAAAUCAAAUGCACAUUUUGGUCAGAAUGCUCGAAGAGGUGGAUAUACUCGAAAUAUCUUACCUGAUCAAAUUUCACUAGAUGUAGGUGGCAGCAAAGAGUUCCGUGUUGUUCGAGACAAUAGAGCUAACCAAAAUGCCAGUAAAGAUUUAAAGCAUUCACAGAGUUCCACUUCUACCAAUGAGCGGGUUUCCUCCGAUCCUGUCAUAAAGAGCAAUUCAGCGGGGGCUUCUGGUCAUCAAAAGCUGUCAGUUGCUGACCAUUCAUCUCAAGCUUUAAAUGGGCCUGCUGAUUUGCAGCCUAGGCAAGCUAGUGAUGCAAAUUUUGGUGGUAAUGACAGGAAGGAUUUGCAUGGGGAGAAGCAGCUGCCAGUUUCACAUGCUGCAUCACGGAUGCAAAUAAGGACGAACGAGUCUCGACCACGCUCAACAACUUCAUCUAGUAGUUCUGUGCUUGGUGUUUAUUCAUCCUCUUCGGAUCCUGUUCAUGUACCAUCAUUUAAUUCUAGAUCAGUUACUAAUAUUGGGGCAAUCAAGCGUGAGGUAGGUGUUGUUGGACCUCGUCGCCAGUCUUCUGAGAAUUCUGGUAAGCCUCCAUCUUCACAAAGCUCAUCCUUUCCAGUUAUACAAUCUGGACGAGAAGGCUACCCAAGGGAAUCGACCCGAACAUCUAGUGCUAUUUCGAAAGGUGACCAACCCAUUCCAAAUAUGGCAACUGAAUCUGCCAUACCAGGCCCUUAUUUGAACAGAUCGUUUUCAAGUAAUCAGCAUGGUAGCAGACCUCAUCAACUUGUGAGUCGUCAGAAAGCUCUUCAGCCUAACAAGGAGUGGAAACCAAAAUCAACCUUGAAACCAAGUGUCAAUGGACCUGGCGUUAUUGGAACUCCUCCAAAAAUUGUUUCUCCUCCUGCUGACAAUUCUGAAGACUUGAAAAAAGAAACAGAUCAGAUUCAAGAUAGUAUGUCUCAAUUGAACAUCUCCGAGAAUCAGAACGUGAUCAUAGCUGCACAUAUUCGUGUAUCUGAUGCAGACCGAUGUCGGCUGACCUUUGGCAGCUUGGGGACUGAAUUUGAAUCUACAGUAGAUUCAGUUUUCCACAUAGUUGAGGGUGCUGAAGAAUCAAGUACUGAACAAUCUCGAAGUGUGUCAGCCUCAGGGACAGAAUCUUCUACCGAGGAGCCUGCUGGUGGCAAACAGUUGGAGUUGAUGGAUGACCAUGUCAGCAAGUCACGAUCUAACUCUCCUGCAUCGGGUGCAGCAUCUGAUCAUCAAUUGUCUGAGAACAAAGAAUCUUUAAGUCCUGGGAACUUGGACAACUAUGUUGAUGUUGGGUUGGUUCGGAACAACAGUGCUUAUUCUCCGGAGUUGCUACAAACUCAAGAUACUUCUGCAUUGCAGAGCUUCUCAUCAUAUGAAACCCAGAUGGGAUAUGAUAUGCCAUACUUUCGUCCGCUGGUUGAUGAAACAGUUCGGGGACCUAGUUUACCAUCUCAGCAGGAGGUAUUGGGGCGUACAGCAAACAGCAUUCCUGCAUCCUCUAUUCCCAUGGUACAACAGCAACAGCAGCAACAACAGCUUGCCCAGAUGUACCCCCAAGUUCAUGUCCCUCAUUUUACCAAUCUUAUGCCGUAUCAUCGGCAGUUCAUCUCUCCUGUCUAUGUUCCUCCAAUGCCCGUGCCUGGUUACUCUGGUACUUCUGCCUACCCCCAUCCGUCAAAUGGAAGCAAUUACUUGGUGAUGCCCGGAAAUAGCUCUCAUCUAACUGCAAGUGGCCUCAAGUAUGGAGUCCAGCAAUAUAAGCCUGUUCCCACUGGUAAUCCUACUGGGUUUGGGAAUUUCACUAACCCAUCUGGUUAUGCUAUCAACACUCCUGGUGUUGUUGGAAGUGCCACAGGGCAUGAAGAAUCAUCUCGGCUCAAGUACAAAGAUAGCAAUCUUUACGUCCCAAACGCCCAGGCAGAGACGUCUGAAAUGUGGAUAAACCCCCGGGAUCUUUCCAGUCUGCAGCCCACUUCUUAUUACAACAUGCCUGGGCCAACCCCUCAUGCUGCUUACUUGCCAAAUCACAAUGGCCACACCUCUUUUAAUGCAGCUCAAUCUUCUCACAUGCAGUUUCCAGGAAUGUACCAUCCUCCUACUCAGGCAACUGCAAUGGCCAGUCCUCAUCAUUUGGGGGCUGCCAUUGGCGGUAAUGUUAAUGUUGGGGUUGGUGUGGCUGCAGCAGCUCCCGGAGCACAACCGGCUGCCUAUCAGCAACCUCAAUUGGGUCAUCUAAGUUGGCCAGGAAACUUCUGAGUUGCUUUGGCCUCCCUUGGAUCCUAUGGAUUGGCAAUGAAUAUGAAAUUCUAAAAUUUUGCUAUCAAUGUGAAGGACACUCGUCUUUUCUAAUCAAAUGAUAUCUUUCUAAUCAAUGCAUCUAGAUGUGUUGAAAUUUUGUCCA